UAUGACGCUUUCAGGGUCCGCCUUGGCUGUAGAGAUGUGGUUGUGUUGAAUGACGUCGCUUCCGUCCGGGAAGGUCUCAACAAUCCCGACAUUUUCUACAGGCCCGAAGACUUUGUGUUUCGGUAUCUCGACACGAAAGGAAUCGGAGGUUUGAACGGAGAAAUAUGGCAAGUGAACCGAAGGUACUGCUUCCAGGUGCUGAGAAACUUGGGCUUUGCCAAGAAACCCAUGGAGAAGCACAUUCAGGAGGAGAUUCAGGGCUUCACCAACCUAUUGGAAUUCAGCAAGGCAAAGCCAGUGAACGUGGCGCAGCAGCUCACUGCCAGUGUGGCUAAUAACAUGACGGCCCUGCUGUUUGGCGAACGCUGCGAUCCCCGCGAGCCACGGGGUCGCUUGGUCGCGGAACUGCUCACCAUGUUCCUGCAGAACGCCAACUUCUUCACAUUCAACGACUUCCUGCCCGUAGUCCGCUCCUUCGCUGUGUACAUACCGAAAACAAGGCUCCGCAUCGUCAACUACGUUUUCACAGAGUUCAAAAAACUUGUCAGAGCUGAAGUGAAGAACAGGGAACAAAUCAUGGAUCAAUAUAAGGACAGAGACUUCAUAGAUGGUUAUUUGAGAAAGGUCCAAGAAAACAAGGGCAUUAAUUCCCACUUCAGCUUGGCAAUUCUGGAAGCGACCGCGAUCAACUUCUACAGCGCUUCGACCAACACAGUGAGGAGUGCCAUCUUGUGGAACCUGUACAUCGCGGCCAGUGACCCAGAUGGUCAUCAGGCGCGCAUACACAGGGAGAUUGAUGCUGCUGUGGGCAAGCUGCGGGCGCCUCAGUGGGACGACCGGCUGCGCAUGCCAUUCGCCAUGGCCUCAAUACUGGAGAUGCUGCGUUGGAGGACAAUAUCACCCAUCGGCAUAAACAGGGCGGCUGCAAGAAACACAGUAAUUUGUGGUUACGAUGUGCCUGCUGGUACUAUAGUGGUAGCAAACUUCUGGAGUCUUCACAAUGACCCAGUCAACUGGCACAGUCCAUCCAAGUAUGAUCCAACGCGAUUUCUCAAUGACGAUGGCACAGAAGUAAAAGAGAAACCGAUAGCCUUUCUACCGUUCAGUACAGGAAAACGAGGGUGCCCGGGCGAGACUCUUGCAUUGAUGGAAAUCUUUCUCUACGUGACUACUGUGCUUCAGAAAUUUAGGGUACUUCCCGAAGAAGGCAAAAGUAUUUCGCUGGACGAAUUUGACGCCCUAUUAACCGUAAUCGAUGAUACUCAAGGGCUGCGUUUCAUAUUACGAUGAAAACCAUGACGUAACGUUCUGCUUGCCUCGAAGGCUAUACCACAGACAAAUCUUGACAUUUUGACAAACCAAGAUGAGCGUGGACAAGUAAGACACCGGCAGCGUUUUUACAAAGGAUAAAUUAAUAGUGCUACAGAUCGUCAGGAGACUUGAAGACGUGUGUGUAAGCGGCGCGCUGCAGUAAAGAACCUACGACUUCUGCCUUUUG